CGUCUGAGAACGGUGGCGGGUGCUGAGCCGGCAGCGCAGGCGGGCGGAGCGGAGCUGCCUGGCUCGGCGGCGGGCGAUGCCCCCGUGAGCCUCUCUCGUCUCCCCUCCCCGCCCCGCGUCCCUACCCUCUCAAAGUCCGCGCCCGCCUGGGGCCGGGCCGCGCCUACCGCCGGGUCCGCGGGGCGGGGUCCGGGGGAACACCUGCCCCGCCUUGCGGAGCUGCCUGGGCCUGCGGAGCCCCCUCCCUGUCUGGACUCCGGCCCCACCUCGGGACCCUUUUAUAACAUCACCUCCUCCUGGAGCUGCCCUGAUUGCCUUCAUCUCCUUUCCUGAAAAUUGGUGUCUCAGCAGAAGUUAAGUGGAGCCUUGUGCAAAUGCCCUAGGGGUGUGCUGCUGGGAGGGGCACGGCCCCCUGUGAUGCAGAACUCCAUGCUCAGUUUCAUCAGUUGGAGUUGCCUGAGCCUCUGCUGUCCCUGGGAUCAUGUUUAACGGGGAGCCAGGUCCAGCCUCGGCUGGAGCCUCCAGGAAUGUUGUGCGGAGCUCCAGUAUCAGUGGCGAAAUCUGUGGAUCCCAGCAACCUGGGGGCGGGACUGGGACCACCACUGCCAAGAAGCGGCGGAGCAGCCUGGGCGCCAAGAUGGUGGCCAUCGUGGGCCUGACCCAGUGGAGCAAGAGCACACUCCAGCUCCCCCAGCCAGAAGGGGCCACCAAGAAGCUACGCAGCAACAUCCGGCGGAGCACAGAGACUGGCAUUGCUGUGGAGAUGCGGAGUCGCGUCACUCGCCAGGGCAGCCGGGAGUCCACCGACGGGAGCACGAACAGCAACAGCUCCGACGGCACGUUCAUCUUUCCCACCACCCGGCUGGGAGCUGAAAGCCAGUUCAGUGACUUCCUGGAUGGGCUGGGACCAGCCCAAAUUGUGGGGCGACAAACGCUGGCAACACCUCCCAUGGGAGAUGUGCACAUUGCUAUCAUGGACCGGGGUGGCCAGCUGGAGGUGGAAGUGAUUGAAGCUCGGGGCCUAACCCCAAAACCAGGCUCCAAAUCCCUCCCAGCUACCUAUAUCAAGGCUUACCUGCUUGAGAAUGGGGCCUGUUUGGCCAAGAAGAAGACAAAGGUGGCUAAGAAGACCUGUGAUCCCCUGUACCAGCAGGCUCUGCUUUUUGAUGAGGGGCCCCAGGGCAAGGUACUGCAGGUGAUCGUCUGGGGAGACUAUGGCCGCAUGGACCACAAGUGCUUCAUGGGCAUGGCCCAGAUCAUGCUGGACGAACUGGAUCUGAGUGCUGCGGUCACCGGCUGGUACAAACUCUUCCCCACCUCCUCCGUGGCAGACUCCACGCUUGGAUCCCUCACCAGGCGCCUGUCCCAGUCCUCCUUGGAGAGUGCCACCAGCCCUUCCUGCUCCUAAGGACCUUGUUCAGGACCAGAGGCCGGGUGGUGGUGUGAGGAGGUGGCCUGCUGGCCUCCAUCUCCCCCCCUGUACAUAGUCUCUGUGUCUUUCUGGACCCCUUGUCCUGCUGCAUGCCUGUUGGCUACUGGGCUUGUCCCAGCUGGCAGUGGAGAUGUGUGUGUGUGCGCCUGUGUGUGUGUGUGUGUGUGUGUGUGUGUGUGUGUAUCUCUUGUUUUAUCUAUUUGUUUGUCUGGGUACAGUCAGUCCUGGUGACCACAUGGGCUGGAAUCCAUGUCUCUUUGUAUCUUGUUGAAAAGAAACCCAAAGGAGUAUUGUGUGGACAUGACUCGCCCCGAGGAAUCUCUGAGGUGGAAGUGGGGGAUGAGGCCACUGGCCUGUCCUGCUUCACCUACUCCCCGGGGCAGAGCCUGUGUGUCCCCCGUGCCUCCUCUUGGUGGUCUCUGCUUGGUUCUGUCUUGUCUUUUGUUCCACCCUUUGCCUCUCCCAGCAUUGCUGCUCUUUUUUGAGGAAUGUAGCAUCCACUGCAGCGGGCCACACUGGGCUCCUCGGGGGACCCCCAACCCGAGCCGCUCCGGCAGCUCUCCCCACCGACUGCAUCCUGCAGCACGUAGCAUGCUCACUCAGCACCCUGGCCAGGGCCCCUGGGAGGCAGAAGGUGUCCUGGGAGUAGAGGGCUUUGAGAUUGCUUUCCCCCAGGCUGGAACCACCUGCUUCCUGCCAUCAAGCAAAGAGGUCUUAGCCCCCAGGGUGCUGGUCAGGUACCCUAGAGGGCAGAGCCAGGUGCCUCCCUCAGCACUGUUCAAGGCCUUCUCUCCUCCCAUCCACCCCUCCUCCAACAUGCCAAAGGAGCUCUCUGGGGAGCCAGGAGGUCGGCCUCAGUAGGGAUGUCAUCUGUCAAAGCAGACAGUCUCCCCCUCCCCCAGGCCCAGAAGUCGGCCCUGUCCCACUAUGGGCUUGUCCCUAGUGGGGCCUGGCUUGCUAAGAGGCGCUGAGGGCAAGGCUGUUUGCUGGAAUGAGGCUGAGGCUGACUUGCUCUGAGCUGCUGUUGGGAAUACUGUCCGACCUUUGGGGAGGAGCUACAUGAAGGUGUUCAUCUGGGGCUUCUAGUCCUUGCUUAUUUCCAGAUGAGAGUCCCUGUCACACACACUUAGGCUCCAGCCUCCUGGCUCCAUGAGUGGCCUGGCUCUGGACUCUAAUCUGCACAGUCACCAGCUCUGUACAAGCAAUACUUAACCCCUCUUGGCCUCCCUGCCUUCUCGCACGAUCCUGCUGCCCUCCAGGAAGUGGCCUGCUCUGGGCACCCCAAAUGCCUCUGCUUUAUUUCUCACCUUUGUCGAGUUGGGGCUUCUCCCAGCACUUAGACCCUUAUUUGACUGAUGGAACCUAUUGUGGGGGGAGAUGUCUGCUGGGAAUCCUGAAGUCUGACUUGGGAAUGUCACAUGUGUCCCUCUCCCUCCUCAGUCUAGGGUGAAGGGUGUGAGGCUGCCCUGGAGAGGGACAAAGCAGCCCUGGGUUCAUGUCUGGGAGGGAGGGAAGAGGUGGCAGGAGGGGUCAGCGUAAGGGGAAGGCUGGCUGGCUGCCUCUUCCCCAGCUCUCAUCCUCAAGUGCUAACAUCUAGCCCAAGUGCCUGGGGCAAGGAGAACUGCCUGGGGUGGCAGGGCUGAGGUCUUGGGGCUGACUGCAUUCAUACCAAAGCUGAUGGCAGCGACCAUCUCAGUCCAGAGGACCUCCUUGUCUGCAAGGAUCUUUACUGAGCUGAAGCCAGAGUCCUGUAACCUCCCUCCCAAGAAAAUGAAGGGAAGCCAGGAUCCCAAGGGUCCUGCCACAGACAGAAAGUAAAUGGGUAAGGGCAGGAGGGAAAGGAACAAAACUGACUUCUGUCUCCUGCCGAGCCUCUAUCCUUGCAUGUCCAGAGAAGAGAUCCAUGUGUGCACAGAGGAUGAGAGGUGGCUGGACUGUUUCCUCUUUAGGCAGAAGAUUCUCCCCAGUCCUGCUUGGACUGGAAAUACAUGCAUUUCCCAUGUUCCUAAAAGUGGGACAAAGGGCUCUGUACUCUUUGACCCCAGUGGGGGCAGGGAAGGGAGGAAACACUUGCCAAAGGAUAUUUUGCCUCCUGUUUGGGGUGUAUUCACCUCUAGAACAGUCACACUCUGGAUAGUGUGAAAAUACACCUUUGGAGUGGAGGAAGUAUGAGUGACCCACGGAUAGCACAGACAUUUGCUGAUGGGAUCUGUCAAUAUCCUCGUGACUCUGGGCAUCCCGGGUGGCCCUGGGAGAAUGAGAGUGCUGCCAGCAGAGAGGCUGCCCCUUGUAGCUCUGGGUCUUGGUUCCCCUUGCCUCUGGGAGGGUCAGCAUAGGGUGAGGGGCCUGAUGUGCUGGUAACUUGGGUUGACCAUCUACAAUCCCUGACUGUCAAAACUGCCCAGGAGUUGGGCCCCUCUGCUACUCCAUCUCUCUGUGGGAGGCAGUUCCCUGCAAACGACCUUGGGGAAUUCUUUUUAACACUGUACGAAUAAGUUACUAGCCUCCACCUGGAUCCCCCCCCACCCCAGGGUGAGGGUGCAUGAGGCUGACAGGUAUGCAGGAUGGAGAGUGGCUGCAUUAAGGGUCUGUCCCUCGGAGUUCUGGAUGCUCGGCUUGUCUGGGAAACCACUCUGGAGCUAGCCUGUCCCAGAAGAGGAGAGCGCACAAGUGUGACUCCUGGCCUGCCCUGCCCUGCCCUGGGCUGGAAGAGACCUGCCCUCUGAGGAGGAGACGGCGGAGAAGGAAGGAACAUGAUCCUUCUGAGGCCUCCCUACAGUGGAGCCAACUCGGCUGCUCCCUCAUCCCCAGUGAAACCCGACAGUGGCUCCAGGAGAGGGUGUCAUUCCAUCUCCUCUGGUCGGGUAGGGUUCAUUGAGGAUGUGGCAGAGACAGGAGUGGCCCUGCAUGGUGCUGGGCUGUGGUCCGGGACGGUGAUGGAUGACUCAUAGCAUCUGUCUUCAUAUUUCUGCUCUGCUCAGUGUCCUACUUUCUUCAUGGACUCCUUCCCUUUGGGAAGUCUGCAGUGGGCCCUUGAUAUGAAGCAGGCUCCAGUAAGUGGGCCAAGUCCUGGUUCGACAAGGAGGAUUUGAUCCUUCAGGGAAGACCAUCUCCAGAAGUACUCCCCAUCCGGUCUCUUCUUCCACCCAGUUCUGCUAGGAAAGGAGCACUUAGGUCUUGGGAUCGCAGGUCCCAUUCAGUGCCAGCAUUCUGUGCGGCUGAGGCAGAACCUAGGAGAGCUGCAGGGAGGGCACCUGAAUCACUCCUCACUUAUGGAAUCACUGCCGGUUGGAGACUGAGGUCAAGCCAGCUCUCCCAGGGGCCUGACUCCCACCAGGGAAGCAUGCCUGAGCUCACUCUUACUGCCAGCCUUGAGGAGAGCAGAAGCCUCCAUUUUUAAAGACAAUAGAGCCCACCAAGGGCACUUCUUUGGAAAUGAAAUGUAGCACAAUCCUGAACUGCGAUGCCAGGGGCCCUGACAUGCAUCUUGGGGCUGUACUCCCAGGCCCUGCUGCCCAGGAGAUGCUGAGCUGCUCCUCCUCCCCUGGGGUCCCAGGGCUCCUGAUACCUCACGUUCCCCUCUGCCCUUGGCCCAGAAAGCAGCAGGGCUUUGAUAAGGCUGCUCUUCUGUUUCCCUGAUUGCUUCCAGCACUGUGCAAACUCUGCAAGAAAUUGCUGCCUUUGUCUGAUGUAGAUGAGCCGCUUCACACCAGGGUGGCAAGAGGUGGCCCUUUUUUUCAGGGCAGAAGGUCGUUGGGCAGUAUCUCUGCAGUGGCUGCAGGGAGGUAGAAAAGAGGGCUGCUUCCCUGCCUCCUUUUUCUUCCUCUCCUCAGAGGUGACUUCUCCAGUGUCCUGACAGGUAGAAAGAUGCUUUAAAAUGUUGCUUCCUCUACUGGACUGUCUUUCAUGGGAUGAUCAGGGAGGAGAUGGAAAUGUAGACUCAUCCCCUGCUUUCUCCCUCCAGUCUGCUUCUCACCCAGCUCAGAAGAGACCACGACAAAACAACAUCAUCAUGCUGGAAGAGCAGGGGAGGUCCACCAGUCAGGUGUGUCCUGAUGGUGGCUGGAUUGGCCUGAUAUGGCUUGGAAAGGUUUAUUUUGAAAGAGUGCCUGAGCCUCUCAGAGCAAUGUCAGUGAUGCCAAAGAGAGCAACCUGGCCCCCUUGGGCACCAGCUCUGCUGGGGGAGCUGCACAAGUGCAACUCACGUUGGCGUGCCCAGGCGUGGGACCUUGUUCUCUGACAAAGGGCUUAAUCUUUCCAUGUAGCAAAGCAACUCCCCCUCCCCCCAACCCCGAGCUUGGGCUUCUGCAGGCCCAGCAUGGCUGUGCCGGUGCAGGAAGCCACAUCGGUGAGAGGAACUUCCAUUUUCCAGGGUCCUGAACUGGCCUGGGGCAGGUGCUUGUUGAAAAGCAUAAUGUUACUGCUAUGGAGAAACCUUCCAGGGCUCUGGCUGGAAAUUUGGCCAGCAAGGAUGGGGCCUUGGGCCCCCCAAGGAGUUGUAUCAUCCAGGAAGGGUCCUUGAGACUGGGUUCCAGACCACUCAGCUAACAGAAAUGGGGCCUUGGAACUCCAGUGGCAACUGAGCUUCUGCUCCAUUAGCCAAUGACCUGGAUGGGGACAGUUGCUCUAUACCAUUUUGCCAGAAGCGGUGACCUUGCGAGAAACUCCUCACUUUUCUAGACCUCGGCUUCCUCAUCUGCAAAAUCAGAGCCUCAGCUAGUUGGAGCUAGCUGUGGAGGGUUGCAAGCGUGGUGCACCUGGUUUCAUCUAGCCCCUGGUGCCCAAGCUGGGCACAGUCCUGAUCCUGUCCGCACCCAGAUGCUGCUUCUGACAAGAACUCUGGGAACCCUAACACGUUCUGCUUUCACCCUUCCAUAGUUUGCGCUCCCUCCUUUACUCUUGUGUCAUGAUGAAAAACAUUUAAGGGUUGUCUACAACAGACAGUUUUCAAGGGGCUGGUGUGAUGUCACCUCUUUAGUUGCAUCCUGAGUAGGUCAGUGUCCCCAUGAGCAGAUGAGGCUGGGUCACCCUCACUUCUGCUUCUAGAUAUCAGUGGGGAGAGCUGAAGACCUGAGUUUUAAAGGAAAUGCUCUUGGAUGGGAAGAAAGAGGGAACUUAUUUCCCUUUGGAGUAUUUUGCUUUUUAAAACCAUUCCUCCCUCCAAAACGUCUUUUACACACAUCAUCUCAGAAGGCAGAGUGGCUGCUUCCCUAGGGAAGGGCCCAAGAGUUCUGUCAACCCCUUUAGCAUUAAAACUCACAGAAGGCAGGAACCCCUUUUUUAGAAUUUCCAAAUGCACCCUGCAAAGAGAGAGAGAGCUGUUAGGGACUGACAAGCACACUGUUUAGAUAAGAAGCAAUUUGCCUUUUAUAUCCGUGCUCUAUACAUUUUCUAUGUGCAGCAUCUUUCCAAACGUGUGGUUCCUGGGUGGCAGGUGGACAGCUGGGAGGGACUGCCGGCUGUUUUGUACGAUGUCCUUGCCAAUUCUCUCGAGGAAAAAUAUCCUUCACAUGGCUUCUGCAUGUACAGUAUUUGGGCAGCAAAAAUGAUUAA